UUUCAACGCGCGGCUCAGAGGCCGCAAACACAAAUUCUAUCAAUUUAUGGAUCUCUGAAAUCUCGCUGACCUUAAGACAUUGUCCGAUCCGUUGCGGGGCAAGAUAGAGUGAAAAUGAUAGACUGCCAACAAAUCAGGUGCAUGUCGACGCUGAAUGUGGGCAGUGGAGGUGGGAGUGGCAGCGCAGUGCCCGUUGAAGUGGGUGAGUCAUUAUGGUGGCUAGUAUCCGAGUAGAGAGACACGACUGUUGCAGUACAGUGUGUGUGUAGUCGGGGAGAAUGCAGUGUGUGUGUAGUCGGGGCGGAUGCAGUGUGUGUGUAGUCGGGGCGGAUGCAUAGUGCGUGUAGUUGGGGCGGCCUUCUGACACUGAGGAAGUGAAAGACUCUCGGCCGCCGAGCCAAAACAAGCUACACCCCAGAUAGCAGAGCUGCUCAGCGGCUUCACUGGCAGGGUGCUCACAAUAUGCUCAAAGUCUAACCGUUCUCCUCCUGACCGACACCACUACAGCUGUUAGUCGGAGGCAAGCCGCUUUUUCAUCGUCAAACCCUGUGGCCUCUGUUCCCUUUUCUUAAAUAUCAUUAUAUUUACACAAUAUCAUUAUAUACAUUAUACUAUCAUUAUAUUCCUGUGGUGCAGAAAUGAUCUGAUAGUUCCAAACUCAAUCAAAUACUUUUUGAAGUUUAUUCAAGUAGUUUAUUCAAGUAGUUUCCUCAAGUAGUACCCUAUAUUUGCCAUUUGCAAAAUAUCUAUUAACAGUAAUACAUACAUUGGAAUUCUACGUUGGAGCUCUCUCAGAUAAAGUACAAAACACACAUCGAGGAAUACAGUAAAAAAAAGUCCGAAAUUGAAAAUGUGAAAAUAUCAUGAAUAUAACAAUACGCCCAGAGUGGUAAAAUUAUUAAAUAAACAGUAGUCAUGAAUGCUAAAGUGCUAAAAACAGCAGUCAGAUAAAAACUAUUCUUGAACCUGGUAGUGGAGGCGCUCCUGUCCUUCCCCCACCAAGUAAAUUUGGCCAAGGAGUUCUCCCGCCCCGGAUCAACUUUCAACGCAAAUUAAAUCACAUUUUCGAUCUCUGAAAUCUCUCUGUAGAGAGACAGGCUCUCUUCUAUCAGGAGUUAUGACACUAUACAGUUGUUCGGCCCGGUAGCGCGCAAGACUGCGUGAAAAUGACCUACUGCCAACAAAUCAGGUGCAUGUCGCCGCAGAGUGCAGGUACUGGAGGAGGUGGCGCAGUGUGUCUAGUCCGGAAGGGUGCACAGUGCGCUAAAUUGGGGCGGCCUUCUGACACUGAGGAAGUGAAAGACUCAUCCACCAAGCCUAAACGAGCUACACCCCAGAUAGCAGAGCUGCUCUGUGGCUUAAAUGGCAGGGUGCUCACGAUUCUUCCCGCAGAUCGCUUUGUCUUCAGUCUUUCAAGAAAAGUGAUGUUGAAUGACCCUGUUACACCCCCUGUUCUGGAUCAUGACAUGGUGGCAGAAAUAAGAAGGGAAAGAAAGAACCAUAGAAUAAAUGGAACAUUCUGCUGUCUCUCCGUAGAUCAAACACCAAGAAAAGUCAUCCUCUCAGUAACAAGCACCAGCGUGUCUCUCUCUACUCUGAAGUCCCCAACCCACUGAAUUCCUUUCUGAUCUGAACGAGGACACAUACAUUUUACACGUCACAUUUCAGCAACCAAUGGUUGUGUGCCAAGUCAUUGACAAUAAUAAAGUACAUAUUUAACGUAGACCGCUCCGUCCUCAGUCUUUUAAAGGAAAUGUUUUUAUAUCGAGGAGGCUGUUGGUUUGUAUUCUCACAGCACUAGAAAAAACGGAAUUCCUCAAAAUCCAUUGCGAGACGAUCAACUUCAUAGGGUUCUUCACUAACAAUGUCGAGACAGACUAUAGACAGGCAAGAAGUGCAAUGUCUAACAGCGAGGUGCAGUGGAAACAACGUGGAGCUGAACACAAAGAAGAGAAAGGACAUGGUAGAGGAUUUUAGGAAGCAGGAGAUAAUCACAUUGCUGUCAAUAAAGGAGAUACUGAGGUGGAUCUGGUGGACUGUUUUAAUGACACGUUCAAAACAACCGGGACCUCGGAAAAUCUACAACUUCAGUGCGAUGUGGACUUUUAUAAUUCCAGGCCAUAAAUAUCUCUCCCCACUGGGUACAGAUGUCAAUUCUACGUUGGUUCAAUGUAAUUUAAUUGAAAUGACUUUGAAACAACGUUGAUUCAACCAGUGUGUGCCCAGUGGGUCCCGACCUGAAAUGGUCAACCAACACAAACCUACUCUGUGGAGGUAUGAGACCGUCGGGUAGGCAGAGGUACAGGACCAUCCGGGUAAGUUUACUGGCUGGAGGAAGGACAGGAGCACCUUCACUACCACAUUCAACUAAAGCUUUUAUCUGACUGCUGUUAUUAGCAUUGAUGACUGUAGUGUUUUUAUUGUUGUUCUACUUAUAUUUUGUAUUUGUUCCAUUUAUGACUGUUUUACUGUAUACCUCUGUGUGCUAUGUAGGCCUACUGUAUGGGAGAGAGCUCCAACGAAGAAUUCCUAUGUAUUACUUGUAAUACUUGCAAAUGGAAAAUAUACUACUUGAAUUAAAGAUAUUUCAUAAACUCCUUGAAUAAAUGUAGAAUUUUGGGGAUUUGAGUUUGGAACUGUCAGAUAAUUUCUGUACCAGAGAAAUAUAACGAUAGUAUAAUGUAUAUAAUGAUAUUGUGUAUAUAUGAUGAUAUUUAAGAAAAGGGAACGGAGGACACAGGGACAUGGUUGUGGUAGUUGUAUUAGUCUGCUGGUUUAACGAUGAAAAAGCGGGUUGUCUCCGACUAGAAUCUGUAGUCCGACUAGAAUCUGUAGCGUUGCCGAUCAAGAGACCUGGGCUGUGAAUGUAUCCCGGAACUCCAAUUUCUGUCCCGGUCCACGAAAAAAACGAAGGUAAUUAACUACAUUAUUUACGUUAUAUUUGUGAAACUUAUUAGUGUGUAAUGUAAUGUUCUUAUAAGAAAAUAAAACAUAUUGCAUCCAGAACUCUUGAACAAAAACUGCAGCAGUAUAAACCUCGGUAAGGGGAGGAGCAGUCAAUAUUCGGUUAAGGGGGAUGAGUCACCAUCUUCCCUAAAGUGAGUUCUUCCCUGAAGUGAGAUUUCUGGAUGUGCAUAAAAGAGCUGCCAACCGCCAAGAACAACAAAAUUCCCGGAAACCAAAUUGAGGACGUGAGCACUGCCAGAGAGAACUGUGUCGAUUAUGAAGGGGGGACGAGUCAUCACCUUUUUCCUGUUUGCACUUGUUGCUAAAUACUGUUUGUCUGAUCACAUAACAGUGAUGUUGAAUGACAGGAUCAUACUUCCCUUCUCUGGAUCAUGUCAUGGGGGUGUCAUGGAGUGGAGGCAUUGUCAGGGUCCUGCAGGGAGCUUCUGUAACAAGACAGUUGCUACAUUUGACGGAAAUAAUUUAAUCCCAGGAGAGGGUUAUGAGAACAGGGUUCAACUCCAGAAUGGAAACCUCUCUCUCACCAUCUCCUCAGCUGAGUACAAUGACAUGGGGUGGUAUGAGUGUGUCUGCAACAACAACGUUUUACAGGAUGUAGAACUAGAAGUCUUGGUCCCCACUGAAAUAUCUUUCCUUGUUGGAGAUAAUGUCACACUUCCCUUCCAUGGCUUCACUGGAAAAUGGACAAAGGACAGUGAGAGAGAUAUCCAAUGUUUUAAAGAUGGACAGAAUGUGUUUACCAUCAGUGGAGGGUAUAUAACCUAUGGCUCUGGUUAUCAGGACAGGGUAUCUGUGUCCAUGGAUGGUUACCGAAAGGGAGAUAUUUCCUUCAACCUCACCAACCCACGCCGUUCUGAUCAGGGGACAUACUGGUGCUUCUUCAGCCCUGACCACCAGAGAGGAUAUCCAGGAGCUGUCACUCUCACUGUCACUCCCAAAGAGAAGCACUGCGAUGACACAGGAAGGCCAACAAUGGUGGUGGUGGUUGUUUUGGUGAUCAUCCUAGCUGCUGUUGUUUUCUAUUUUCUUGGAGGUAAAUUGAAAGAAACAAUGGCUGCGUGGUUUAAAGGGAAUUGUUUGAGAUCUCAGUUCAGUCCCUGUCCAGAAGGUGAACAGGGUGGGGAGCAUCUCUCUGUCACCAUAAGUGAAAGCGAAUCAGAGACAGAAGAAGACAGGACUGGGACAAGGACAUGUUGUGUCCCCUUUGCACCUGCUUGUAUCAUCAGAACCCUGUUAGAACCUCCCUCUACACCAGGCCUUGUUACCAAGGCUACUGAUGGACCUCCCUCUACCCCAGGCCUUGUUACCAAGGCUACUGAUGGACCUCCCUCUACCCCAGGCCUUGUUACCAAGGCUACUGAUGGACCUCCCUCUACCCCAGGCCUUGUUACCAAUGCUACUGAUGGACCUCCCUCUACCCCAGGCCUUGUUACCAAGGCUACUAAUGGACCUCCCUCUACCCCCAGCCUUGUUACCAAGGCUACUGAUGGACCUCCCUCUACCCCAGGCCUUGUUACCAAGGCUACUGAUGGACCUCCCUCUACCCCAGGCCUUGUUACCAAUGGUACUGAUUGA